AUGGUGUCCACACAGUAUCAACAGGUUGUUCGAGUUUUCCAGUCUGACAAUGGCGGAGAAUAUAUUAAUGAGAGGAAAAAUCGGCAGUUGCUUGAAGUUGUCCGUGCCUCUUUGUUUGGCAUGAAUGUACCUGUAGAAUAUUGGGGAGAAGUUGUGAUAUCUGCUGCCUACCUCAUUAAUCGUACCCCUUCUCGGGUUAUUGAAUGUGAAAACCCUCUACAACAGCUUCAGAAUCUUCUCUCGGUUCCUUCGUUGCCUAACUUGGAGCCUCGUGUAUUUGGAUGUACAGUGUAUGUUCAGAUUCCAAAACAACAACGAAGUAAGCUUGAUCCCCGUGCAAGGAAAUGUAUCUUUGUGGGUUAUGCAGAUUUUCAAAAGGGAUAUAGAUGUUAUGAUCCUCUUACAGACACCAUGCAUGUAUCUCUUGAUGUUUCUUUUCGUGAUUCUGAGCCUUAUUACUUAGGGGGAGUAUCCAAGUCUUCCCUUCAGGGGGAGAGAGGUUGUGAAGGGAAUUCUAGACAUUUAUUUGAGUUUGAAGAAUUUGAAGAGUUGGAAACUUUGGAGUCUAAAUUCAGAAUUGACAAAGCUACAAACAAUAAUAGUCAUAGUCAUGGAAUUGAUGCACAUGACGCAUAUGUCACAUGGGUGGCCGACAUGAGGACCCCACCAGCUGAGCCACACAUCUCUGAGCCAAGCCAAGGUUCUUCAGGCGGAGAAACACAUGGAACCAGUGUUUGUGCUGAGCUGCGCAUCCCUGAGCCGAGCCGACCAAGCCAAGCUGGGACCCCAACUGAAGAGGCAAUUGCACGUGUCGACAGCGACACUGGUCUCGCUCUUCAGUUGGCCUCUGAUUCUCCAACACGUGUCAACAACGACACUGGUUCUGCACUUGUCCCUGCAACAGUCUCGAGACCCACAUAUUUGACAGAAAAUUGUCCUGAAAAUGCUUCGUCAGAUGUUUUCCCUUUCUCAACGCCAUUAACCCAAGAAUUUGCUACGAAUGUCCCUCCUCAAGUAUCUUUAGAUUCAAACCAAUUAUAUGAGGUAGAUAAUUUUGUAACUAGGAAAUCACAGAGGGUCACCAAGGGUAUUUCAAAGAAACAAGAUGAACCAGACAUCAAAGCCAAAACUAAAUAUCCUAUAGCUAAUUACAUGUCUAACCAUAGGUUGGUUGGGUCACAUGCUCUUGUCAUUAAUCAAUUAUCCAGUGUUUCUAUUCCUAGUACUGUACAGGAUGUAAUGACGGAUCCCAAGUGGACUCAGGCGAUGAACGAAGAAUUAGAGGCAUUACAGAUAAACUCGACUUGGGAUAUUGUGCCUAAACCAGCUGGGAAGAAGACAGUUGGAUGUCGUUGGGUAUUCACCGUAAAAUUAAAAGCAGAUGGGAGCAUUGACAGGUAUAAAGCACGGUUGGUUGCCAAGGGAUACACCCAGCGGUAUGGCAUUGAUUAUGAAGAAACGUUUGCGUCUGUAGCAAAGAUCAACACUGUACGAAUCUUGAUUUCACUUGCAGCAACUAAAGAUUGGCCUCUGCGACAAUUUGAUGUGAAGAAUGCUUUCCUCAAUGGAAACUUGGAGGAAGAGGUGUAUAUGGACAUGCCUCCAGGAGUCAAAAGUAGACCGUGCGAUGCUGGCAAGCGAAAGUAUGUACUUGACUUGUUAGCUAAAACUGGCAUGUUUGACUGCAAGCCUGUUGAGACACCAAUUGAGAUGAAUCACAACCUUGCCAUCUAUCCAAAUCAAGUUCCAGCUGAUAAACGAAGUCAAUUUAUGCAUUGUCCCAACAAAGAGCAUAUAGAUGCAGUGUAUCGUAUUCUGAAGUAUCUUAAGAUGGCACCUAGAAAAGGUUUUUUGUUUGAAAAGAAGAUGGGUGAAUUGGAAGUUGUAGGGUACACCGAUGCUGAUUGGGUUGGUGAUAAGACAGACAGAAGAUCUACAUCUGGGUAUUUUACAUUUGUUGGAGGAAACCUUGUAACUUGGCGUAGUAAGAAACAGAAGGUUGCUGCCAGGUCAAGUGCUGAAGCAGAAUUUCGAGGUAUGGCACAUGGAGUUUGUGAGAUGUUAUGGAUUCGGAAUAUGUUGAAAGAAUUGGGUCUUAAACUCAAACAACCUAUGGCCUUGCAUUGUGAUAACACAUCUGCAAUUGAAAUUGCUCAUAAUCCUGUUCAACAUGACCGGACUAAACAUGUGGAGGUAGAUCGGCAUUUUAUCAAGGAAAACUUGGACAGGAAAAUAAUUUGUUUCCCUUUUGUGUAUACAGAAGACCAAUUGGCAGAUGUUCUUACGAAAGGAGUAUCAAGGAAAGUGUUUGACAACUCAGUUGAGUCGAGGAUUUCUAUCAUCGUAUUCUCAAAAUGGUGCUUGGAUGAACUCGUCAAGAUUCUUGAAUGUAAACAUUCAAAGAAUCAAACCGUAUGGCCCAUUUUUUACAAGGUGGAUCCCUCCGAUGUCCGAAACCAGAGAGGUACUUAUGAUCAGUCACUUGCUUUUCAUGAACACCAAUUUCGUGAUAACCUGGCAAAAGUUUUUGGUUGGAGGGCAGCUCUCACAGAAGCAGCAAACUUGGCUGGGUGGUCAUUCUUGGAUGGGUAUGAGUCUGGAUUUAUCCAUGAUAUUGUUGGAGAGAUUUUAGCGCAAGUACCUAACACAGCAUAUCUCAAUGUGGCUGAUUACCCAGUUGGCUUGGAAUCUCGAGUGUUACAUGUGAAUAUGCUAUUGGAUGUUGAAGAAAAGGAUGUUCGCAUGGUAGGAAUAUGGGGGACUGGUGGAAUAGGUAAGACAACAGUUGCUAAAGCUGUUUAUAAUUCCAUCGUCGAUAGGUUUGAAGGUAGCUGCUUCUUGGAAAAUGUUAGGGAAAACUCAAUGAAAGAUGGCGGCCUAGUGGAACUACAAAACACUAUACUUUUUGAUAUUCUAGGGGAGAAGAGAUUGAAGGUGAACAAUGCUGAUAGAGGGAUCAAUGUGAUAAAGAAAAUGUUGAGCCAUAAAAGAGUUCUCUUAGUUCUUGAUGAUGUUAAUCAUUUCGCCCAGUUAAAGAAAUUAGUUGGAGGGGUAGACUGGUUUGGUAUAGGCAGUAGGAUAAUCAUAACAACAAGAGAUAAACAUUUGUUAACUGCUCAUCAAAUUAAGCUGAUAUACAAGGUCAAGGAAUUGAAUUAUGACGAAGCUACUGCACUCUUCAGUUGGAAUGCCUUUGCAAGAAAGAGACAUCAGGUUGAUGAACUGAAAGUCAAUAGUGCAGUACAAUAUGCUCAAGGCCUUCCAUUAGCUCUUAUAAUUCUUGGUUUUCGUCUAUGUGGCAGAAGUGCAGACGAAUGGAAAGAAGCAUUAGAUUGUUACACAAGAGUUCCAAACCAAGAGAUUCAAGAAAUUCUCAAAAUAAGUUAUGAUGCAUUGGAAGAUCCUGUUAAGGAAGUUUUCCUUGAUAUUGCUUGUUUCUUCAAGGGUAAAACAAGGAACUACGUGGUAGAAACACUAGAAUGUUGUGAACUGAACCCUAAGUAUUGUAUUGAAUUACUCAUCGAUAAUGCCCUCAUAUGUAUCGAAGGAGAUCAUAUCUUGAUGCAUGACUUGGCAGAAGAAGUGGGUAGAGAAGUAGUUCGCCAAGAGUCGCCAACUGAGCCUGGAAGACGUAGCAGACUGUGGUUUCAUGAAGAUGUUCACCAUGUUCUAACUGAAAAUACUGGAACAGACAAUAUCAUAGGCAUUAUGAAUUUGCACAAUGUGAAAUCUAUAAAUUUUAGUGGCUGCAAACUCCUUAAAAGCAUCCCUGACUUCUCAGGAAUCCCAAACUUAGUGUACCUGAAUCUAAAUUACUGUAAAAGUUUAGUUGCGGUUCACCCUUCGGUUGGAUUCCUUAAAAGGCUUGUUCACUUGAGUGCUGACAAAUGCUCUAGCCUUGUAAUGUUUCCACCAAGACUCAGCUUGAGAUCUCUGGAAAUUUUUCUACUUGGAGGUUGUAGAAAGCUUAAGAAUUUUCCAGAAGUUGAGGGGACAAUGAAAUCCUUAAAGUUUAUUACACUUUCUGGCACUGCCAUCAGGGAAUUACCGUCGUCAAUUGGAUAUCUCAGUGGGCUUCAGGAGUUGAAUCUGAAUGAUUGUGAGAACCUUAAAAAUCUGCCAGGCAGCAUUUAUGAAUUGCAACACCUACAAUAUCUCUUCCUUGAUUCCUGCCCAAAACUUAAUGCAUUUCCGCAUUUGGAAAACACUGAAGUUUCAUGUAGUGCAAAAUUACUUCCUUUGGUGCUUCCUAAGCUCUUGCGAUUUAAUAUGGGGGGAUGCAAUUUACACAAAAGUGAUUUUCUGGCAACUCUAGGUUGCGUGUUCACAUUACAAGAACUUGAUCUAUCCGGAGGCAAUUUUGUCAGUCUUCCUAUAUGCAUCAGCAAAUUUGUCAAUUUGUUAGACCUGAACUUGUGUGGUUGCAAGAGGCUUCGGAAAAUUCCACCACUUCCACCAAAGGGUCUUGAGUGGAUGGAUUUGUUCAAUUGCCAUAGACUAUGUGACAAUCUGCAUUAUGAAGUGGCAAAGAUGGAUAAUGUAUCUCCCAAAAUUUCCAAAUUUGGGAUUAUAUUGCCAGGUAGUGAAGUUCCAAAAUGGUUCAGCUGUCGCAAAGAUCUAAAUCUUAUAUGUAAAGCUGGCUACCCUCUCGGUUGGAGAUCAAGUAAUUCUGCUGAUUAUUGUUUUCGAGCUCAAGUAUUAAUCAAUGAAGGAUACAGCGGUCGUCACGAGUGCCAUUUCUAUUCAAGGCAAACUGAUUCAGCUCAUGUGUGGCUCAAGUGUAUUUCAUUAGAAAUAAGGCCAAAGAUGAAAGGACGGAAUUGGUUGCUCCCUGAUACGUGUAAUGUUAAAUUUUACUGCAGUGGAAACUCAGGGCUCAUGUCCUUUAUAAGUUGUGGUGUUCACCUAAUCGGCCAACAGGUUGAUGAUGUUAUGUCUGUCGAUGGCAGUUAUGCACAAGAGCAGUGGCCAUCCUCCCCUUUGGAACCAAUGAUUGGUCAAAAGCGCAAGCACCCAUCCACUUCAGACAAUAGUUGA